AUGGAAAAGAAGCGUAAAUUAAAUGUUCUUUCAAUUUCGGACAAAGUUCGUUUAACACAGUUAGUUGAAAAAGGUGACCGUAAAAAAUGUGAAAUCGCCAAAGAAUUCAAUAUUCCACCAAAUACAUUAUCGUCAAUUAUUAAACAGAAAGAGAAAAUAAUGAAGUUCAAUUAUGGAAAUAUGAAAAAAAUGAGGAUGACUCCUUAUUUAGACAUUGAUAAAUGUUUGCUAAAAUGGUUUACUCAGUGUCGAGAUAAAAACAUACCAUUAAAUGGAACAAUUUUACUUGAAAAAGCAAACGAAUAUGCACAACAACUAGGACACACUAAUUUUAAAGCUAGUAGUGGAUGGCUUACAAAUUGGAAAAAAAGACACGAUGUAGUUUUUCGAACUGUUUGUGGAGAAAAAGCUUCAAUAGACAGACAUUGUUGUUCAAAUUGGAUUAAAAAUCUUCCUGAUGUCUUAACAGGUUAUUCUACUAAUGAUAUUUUUAAUGUCGAUGAAACGGGCUUAUUUUUCAAAUGCUUACCAGAUAAAACAUUAAUGUUAAAAGGUAAAGAAUGUUCGGGUGGAAAAUACAGUAAAGAGCGCAUUACAAUUAUGAUAGGAUCAAAUAUGUCUGGAACUGAAAAACCAAAAUUAUUUGUCAUUGGUAAAGCAAAGAAGCCUAGGUGUUUUAAAGGAAUUAAAUCUCUACCAGUUGACUAUAGGUCAAAUAAAAAGGCUUGGAUAACUUCGUCAUUAUUUAGUGAGUGGCUUUUAAAUUUUGAUAGAAAAAUGAAACUAGAAAAUCGAAAAGUUCUACUAUUCAUAGAUAAUUGUACAGCUCAUAAUCACGAUAUUGAAUUAAGUUCCAUUAAAGUACAUUUUUUACCACCUAAUACAACAUCUAUACUUCAGCCCAUGGACCAAGGCGUUAUACAGAAUUUCAAAAUGUUUUAUAGAAAAGAAAUAAUCAGACAGUUAGUCAAUAAUCUCGAUAACAACGAAUCAUUUUCUAUAAACAUACUCGAAGCUAUAAGAAUGUCUGAUAAGACUUGGAGAAGUGUAACACCACAGACUAUAUUAAAUUGCUUCAUAAAAGCCGGUUUUGAAGACGGUGAUAUAAUUGCAUUGGAUAACUCAACUACUAUUUCUGAUGAUAAAUGGAAUUUUGUUGCUGAUCAUCUUAAUUUAGACGACAAAAAUUUUUCACAUUAUGUGGAAAUGGACAAUAAUGUACAUGUAUGUGAAACAUGGACAGAUAACGAAAUUUUAUCAGAAACCCUAGAAAAUACCAGCGAGAGUGAAGACGAACCACAAAAUAAGGAGGAAGUCAUUUUUACCCAAGUAACAAUUCAACAAGCUAAAGAUGCUUUAAAAACACUAAGGAAUUUUGUUGAGACUACUACAGGUAUGGAUGAUAAGGCUUUUUCUGCAUUAUAUAAUUUGGAAGACGUCGUGGCAGAAAGAAGUAAUAUGAAGCAAACCUUAAUGACAGAUUUUUUUAAAGAAAAAUAA